AUGGAGCCGUUGAUUGUAGUAGAUGUGAGUGAUAAGCCAGCAGUUUUGGGACGAGAUUGGCUGUCAAACCUCAAGCUUGAUUGGGCUUCUCUGUUCAAAGUUGAUAGUGGAGUUUUUGAUGUACCUGAGAAGUUUCCUCAGUUGUUUGCAGAGGGAGUAGGUACUUUGCAAGGCUAUCAAGCCAAGAUAACUUUGUCUGCAGAUGCCAAGCCACAGUUCCAUAGGCCACGCCCAAUGCCUUAUGCCUUGCAACAGAAGGUAGAGGAGGAGCUUAAUCGACUUCAGGAAGAGGGCAUUAUACAGCCAGCGGAAAACAGUGAGUGGGCAGCACCUAUCGUCAUUGUGAGAAAGGCUGAUAAUUCUAUCAGAAUUUGUGGCGAUUACAAGGUAACAAUUAACCCCUACCUGGAGAUGGACAAUUAUCCAAUGCCAAAUGCACAGGACUUGUUUGCAUCGUUAGCAGGAGGACGGUUCUUUACACGUCUGGAAAUGAAACAAGCUUACAUGCAGAUGCGAGUGGAUGCAAGCAGCCAAAGGUGUUUGACUAUCAACACUGCCAAGGGCCUGUUUGCGUACACAUGUAUGCCCUUUGGUAUUUCGACUGCACCCGGAAUUUGCCAGCGAGAAAUGGACAAUGUUCUUACAGGAAUGCCAGGAGUGUCCUGUUAUUUAGACGACAUUCUGAUUGCGGGCCAAUCCGAAGAACAACAUGACGAACGUCUUCAUCAAGUCUUGAAAAGACUGAGUCAAGCAGGACUUCGUCUGAAAAGGGAAAAGGGUGAGUUCAAGAAAACUAGAGUUGAGUACCUUGGUUAUGUUGUGGAUGGGCAUGGACUUAGACCGGCUGAGAAAAAACUGGCAGCAAUACGACAAGCUCCAGAGCCAAGUAACACAACCGAGCUAAGGGCAUUCUUAGGCCUAUUGAAUUAUUAUGGAAGGUUCUUGCCUAACCUCUCAACCAUUCUACAACCACUGCAUAGUUUGCUGCAGAAGAACACAUUGUGGGAAUGGGAUGCAAAACAAGCAAAAGCUUUCCAGCAAGCCAAACAGAAUUUGUUGGAAUCGGAUUUCUUGACGCAUUAUGACUUGAAGAAACCGGUACGUCUUGCUUGCGAUGCUCCACCGUAUGGAGUGGGAGCCUGUCUCACACAUGUAAUGUCAGACGGUAGUGAGCAACCAGUCGCUUUUGCUUCACGAACCUUGACCACGGCAGAAAGACGAUAUGCUCAAUUGGAACGAGAAGCGUUAGCACUCAUCUUUGGAGUGCGACAAUUCCAUAAGUAUUUGGUGGGAAGGCCAUUCACACUUGUAACUGACCAUCGACCACUGUUGAAGAUAUUGGGUCCGAAAGAGGGAGUACCUACUCUAGCAGCGACUCGACUACAGCGUUGGUCACUAAUUCUAAGUGCUUAUCAAUACAACUUGGAAUACACAUCAGGAUUGAGCAACAAAGAAGCUGAUCUACUUUCGAGACUACCCAUUCCAGUCAACGUAGUGGAUCCCAAUGAGCAAAUGUAUGCUAUUGAUCAUUGUGAGCAGUUACCUGUUACAGCGCAAGACAUUGCUAAGGAACUGCAGCGAGACUCCAUACUACGACAAGUUUACGAGUACACUUUGCGUGGAUGGAAGCCUAAUGUAAGUACACAGUUACUGCCGUAUGCACGACGAGCGGAUGAGCUUACAAUUGAAAACGGGUGUCUACUGUGGGGGAAUCGUGUAAUUAUUCCAUCCAAGCUUCGAGGCACAGUGUUACAAGAGAUUCACGAAGGUCAUAUUGGCCUCUGUCGAAUGAAAUCUCUGACACGAAGUUUCGUGUGGUGA